AUGCCCGCCUGUCAGAAGGCCGCAAGGCCAUUGGCACGAUGUCUCCAGAAAACACAGGCCUCGUGCAAUUCCGCGAGAGUAACUCGAACCUUCACCAGCUCUUCCCGAUCCCAUGAAGAAGCUACCACCGAGAAAGUCUCCUUUAAGCCCGUACUCGAUCCUGCGACUGUUACGAGUCCGAAGCAAGAACGAGCUCUGUUGAGGACUGGAGUAGUCCCAAUCGGAUCCAGAAGACGUCGCGCAGCAUUGAAAAGUUCCGAUAACAUUCCGCUCGAGCAAUUGCCAUAUCAAUGUUUCCAGGAGGCCAGGAAAGUGCUCGCGGCAGACAGGGCUGAAAAGCUGGAGUUGAUCGCUGAAGAACGUUCACGUAUUUCGAAGCUACUGGCUACAGAUGCUGAGAAAAUCAAAGGGGGAGAAAAUUCGAAGAAUAUGAGGCUGGAUAGUAUGCGGAGGCAUCUGGAAUAUUUGAAGAUACAAGCAGACAUCAACGAUCCCCUGAUCAAGAAGCGCUUCGAAGACGGCGAGGGUGACAUGAGCAAGCCCAUCUACCGGUAUCUGGCAAACGAGAAGUGGCGUAAAUACCAACGCCCGCUCAUUAUCCAACGUAUAAAUCAACUUGGCGUUGUUCCCGAUGUACUGCCUUCUUUCGAGCCCACCGCUGAGGUCAGACUUGCUUUCAGGGACCGAAAUGUCCAGCCUGGCGAUUUUGUUGAUUCUCGAGUCAGUGAGGUUCCUUGCCGCUUGAAAGUUCAAGUCUUCGACAAAGGAGAACGAUUUGUUAGCGUCAUUGUGGUCGAUUCAGAUGCACCAGGGGAGGAUGACAAGUUCAAGUCGCGAUUACAUUACUUCGCCGUCAACAUCCCUAUCUCCCCAACAAAGACUUCACUGCCUCUUUCCAAGGUCCCAGAAGACCAGCUCGUCUUACCUUGGCUCCCACCCUUCGCCCAGAAGGGGACCCCAUAUCACCGGUUUUCUGCGUUUGUCCUCCAGCAGCAGCCUGGCGAGCUUCUUGACGUGGCAAAGUUAAAGGAGAAGUUCCAACGAGACGUGCGCAGGACAAAUCAAAGCAAAGAGCACUUCAAACAUUUGGAGUGGAGUAAGCCUAUCUCCAUGAAGAGCGUUGUGCAAAGUCUGAAUCUGAGUCCGAUUGGGGUUGGCAUUUUCCGCAGCUUGUGGGAUGAAGGAACUGCUGGCGUGAUGCAAAGAGCUGGUAUUGAAGGAGCUGACAUCGAGUUCAAGAAGAACAAGGUCAUUGCGCUCAAGCCAAAGCAGAGGAAGAGAGGAUGGGAGGCUAGACAUUCUGGCCCGAAGUACAAAUCGUUGGAGAGGUAG